CAUGAUUAUCCGCUAGAAAGAAGUUGAGCUCCCGAAAGAGCUUCGGAGGUAGCAAAAAACAAUUUAUCAAAGCAAUCAAAAAUAACGAGUUUGCCAUUCAGUCCGAUAAAUCCUUCUUAUCAAAACCAAACCCUGUGCUCUGUUUUAUUAUACAAUAAUUGAAAAUGGACGGACUCAAUGCUUCGGAACAGCGUGAGCUGGCUGCUCGUAUGGAGAGGAAACAAAUGAAGGAAUUUAUGCAGAUGUACUCCCGCCUCGUACAACGCUGCUUCGAUGACUGCGUCAAUGAUUUUACUACCAAGUCCCUGCAUUCCCGGGAAGAAGGCUGUGUCCUUCGCUGUGUCGACAAAUACUUGAAGAGCUCUGCCCGACUUGGAGAGCGCUUCCAAGAACAGAAUGCUGCAAUGAUGCAGAGUGGUCAACUUCCUGGACGAUAAACGUUUGGCGCACUCAUAUAACGGUUUCUUUUAUCAAUUGGGAAGAAGAAGGGGGCUUGUCGAGAGUUGAAUAUAAACCGGACCUGGUGUCGGUGGAGAUAAAUCCCUUUGGUCAUUUUCGACUGGACUGGGAUUCUUCGUGAUGCAACGCCUGGACGGUUGACAUACUUAUCCAGGCUGAUAUGUUUAUUUGCACCUCUUGUUUUUCAUUUCUCAUCUUGUCCUUUCUUGGACUCUCAGUGUACUAUAGCUUUUCGCAUCAACCAUUCAUUUUCUCUCUACUUGCAUGGACAGGGUCAGGACCACUGAUAGUGUUUAUUUGGGACAAGCGGAUACUCUCAGAAUAUUUAUGACCAUCUCUCUAUUCGACUCUCGUAUCUUGCUUAUCGAUAUCAAUGCAAGCUCUAUGAAUAUUGACAGCGUUGGGCAUAUGCCAUCCUUAUCACUUAUCGUUCAAAGUGAAUAACGGGAAGUUUUUGCCUAAUCGAGUUCCGGGUUCCACGCCAGCAGCUUCUGCUUGACUGUAUUGG